AUGCAUAUCCAAUCACUCACCGUUCCCCUCUUGGCGGCGACCUUGCCCCUAGCCUCUGCUCAGCUUGACUACUACGCGAAGAAAGCAGGCUUGCUGUACUUUGGUGCCGCAACUGACUCCCCGGGACAGCGCGAGCGUGCUGGUCUGGAGGCAUCUUACGAGCAAUACGACGCCAUCCUCGAUGAUAUCAAUGAGUUUGGCCAAACAACCCCGACUAAUGGCCAAAAGUGGCUUUUCACCGAGCCCUCGCCGGGUGUCUUCAACUUCACAGAGGGUGAUAUCGUGACCUCCAUCGCCGAAGAGAACGGCCAGAUCCUUCGUUGCCACGCCCUUGUCUGGCACAGCCAACUUGCCCCCUGGGUUGAGAAUACAACAUGGACACCCGAGGAGCUCACCGAGGUGAUCGUUAGACACAUCCACGAGGUUGCCGGCCACUACAAAGGCAAGUGCUACGCCUGGGAUGUCGUCAAUGAGGCCCUCAACGAGGACGGCACAUACCGCGAGUCCGUAUUCUAUAACGUUCUCGGCGAGGAGUACCUCAAGUUGGCCUUCCGCACCGCGGCUGAGGUCGACCCGGCGGCGAAGCUGUACUACAAUGACUACAACCUCGAGUCGGUCGGUCCCAAGAGCGAGGGCGCCAAGCGCAUCGUGAAGCUGCUCCAGGAUGACGGCAUCAGGGUUGACGGCAUUGGCAUGCAAGCUCACCUCGUAGCUGACAGGGCGCCUAGCCUGGACCAGCAAGUCGAGGUCAUUCGCAGCUACGCCGAGCUCGGAGUCGAGGUUGCCCUCACAGAGCUGGAUGUCCGCAUCGAGCUCCCGGUCAAUGAGACAAACCUGGCGUGGCAGAAGGAGGCGUACAAGAACUCUACCAGUGCCUGCGUUCAGGUAGCGGCUUGCAUUGGUAUCACGAUCUGGGAUUUCUACGACCCCUUUAGCUGGGUUCCCGCCGUCUUCCCGGGUGAGGGUGCUGCCCUUCUCUGGUUUGAGGACUUCAGCAAGCACCCGGCCUACGAUGGCGUUCUCGAGGCAUUGAAGAACACAACUGCGGCUCCCUGCAGAAGAAGACGGUCCUUGGGGUCUGGCAAGAGCAAGACGCUGUUUUAA